AGCCAAUGAGCUUGUAGGGAGCGAGGAUUUAAACCAACACUUUCCUGUUCGUAACCAAACCAAAUUCUCUUUUCAUUACGAGUCUUGAGUUGUUUGCCAGAGCCACGCACAGGUCACAAUGGCUUUUCGGGUAACCAGAAACCGCCUCGCCAACACCCGGACCGAUCUCGGUGGGGUGAAGGGCUGCUCGGCCGUCGGGCCUGGACUGAAACCUCGGGCUGCUCUGGGUGAGAUCGGAAACAUCGGAGUUCACAAAGACAACCUGAAGAAGAACAUCAAGCCAGAGGCUGUGAAGAAGACAAAAGUUGCAGAGAAAAAUGAGAAGGUCAAAGUGCCAAAACCAGCACCGGUUGUGGAGCCUUCACCUGAAAAGCAGGUCAUGCCUGAGGUUCCAAUUUCCCCCACCCCCAUGGAGACAUCUGGCUGUGAGCCUGCUGACCUCUGCCAGGCGUUUUCAGACGUAAUUCUCGACGUCGCCAUCAGGGACGUCGAUGCAGAUGACUACGAUAACCCCAUGCUCUGCAGCGACUACGUGAAGGACAUCUACAAGUAUCUCUGUCAGCUUGAGGUUGAGCAGAACGUCAGACCCAACUACUUGGAAGGUCAGGAGGUUAACGGCAACAUGAGGGCCAUCCUCAUCGACUGGCUGGUGCAGGUGUACCUCAAGUUCCGGCUCCUGCAGGAGACCAUGUACAUGACUGUAGGGAUUAUCGAUCGCUUUCUUCAGGACCACCCAGUCCCCAAGAAGCAGCUGCAGCUGGUCGGCGUGACCGCCAUGUUCCUCGCCUCAAAGUACGAGGAGAUGUACCCGCCGGAGAUCACGGACUUUGCCUACGUGACGGACCGGGCCUACACCACGGUCCAGAUCAGAGAAAUGGAGGAGACCAUCCUGCGUGUGCUGAAGUUCCAGCUGGGCCGUCCUCUGCCCCUGCAGUUCCUCAGGCGGGCCUCAAAGAUCUACGAGGUAACUGCUGAGCAGCACACCCUGGCCAAGUACCUUCUGGAGCUCACCAUGGUGGACUACGAGAUGAUCCACUUCCCGCCGUCUAUGGUGGCCAGCGCUGCUCUGGCGCUCACCCUGAAGGUCCUGGAUGCAGGAGAGUGGGAUGCGACUCUGCAGCACUACAUGAACUACUCAGCAGAGAGUUUGAUUCCUGUUAUGGCACACAUUGCCAAGAAUGUGGUGAAGGUGAACGAGGGGCGGACAAAACACAUGGCUGUCAAAGGUAAAUACUCCACCUCAAAGCAGAUGAAGAUCGCAAGCAUCCCUCAGCUCAAGUCUUCAGUGGUUAAGGACCUUGCAAAGCUGGCUGCUCAGUGAGGACCAUCUCUGGCACAGUGUGCUGACUUGUACAGUGUAAUCUUUAUUUUUUAUAUAUUUUUUUUUUAUAGACUAUGAAAGGCAGCUGGACAUCUUGUGGUUUUAUAGAAAUUUAACCAGCCUGAUCUGUAGCUAUGCUGAAGUUGUGCUCUCAUAUUCCCAAUUAACGCUUCAGCUGGUUAUUCUGAAACUUUAACACCAUGAAUGCAGUUUGUAAAAUCACUGUUUUAUUGACUAAUCAAGAUCUUUCCACUUGGAGCCAGGCUUGUUGCAUGGUUUAUGAUGUCCAGUUGUUUUAUUGGGAUUGCUGUCAUGUGUGGGAGCACAGCUUCCUGUUUGUGAAAUGUACAGUGAUGUUUUAAUUGAUCUUAUGUAAAAUGACUUUUAACUUGAAAUAAAUGGUCUUUGCCAGAAAGAA